UUGAGUUUUAGAGGCGACACGGCGGCUUCAGCCGAUUUCUUCCCUUUCCUUUGCCUCCCCAUGGAUAUGCACUGCAAGGCAGAUCCCUUCUCAGCAAUGCACCCAGGGCACGGGGGUGUGAACCAGCUCGGGGGGGUGUUUGUGAACGGCAGGCCCCUACCUGACGUCGUGAGACAAAGAAUAGUGGAGCUGGCUCACCAGGGGGUGCGACCCUGUGACAUUUCCAGGCAGCUGCGGGUCAGCCACGGUUGUGUCAGCAAGAUCCUGGGCAGGUAUUACGAGACUGGGAGUAUCAAGCCCGGCGUGAUCGGCGGCUCCAAACCCAAAGUGGCGACCCCCAAAGUGGUGGAUAAAAUCGCCGAGUACAAAAGACAAAACCCGACAAUGUUCGCCUGGGAGAUCCGCGACAGGCUACUGGCCGAGGGCAUCUGCGACAAUGACACAGUCCCCAGCGUCUCCUCCAUUAACAGGAUCAUCAGAACCAAAGUUCAGCAACCUUUUCACCCAACACCAGAUGGGAGUGGGACAGGUGUGACUGCUCCAGGACAUACUAUCGUGCCCAGCACAGCAUCCCCUCCCGUCUCCAGUGCCUCCAAUGAUCCAGUGGGCUCUUACUCCAUUAACGGGAUCCUGGGGAUUCCUCGGUCGAAUGGCGAGAAGAGGAAACGUGAUGAAGAUGUAUCCGAGGGCUCAGUUCCCAAUGGAGAUUCCCAGAACAGCGUGGACAGUUUGCGGAAGCACCUUCGUGGCGACACUUUCACCCAGCAGCAGCUGGAAGCUUUAGAUCGAGUUUUUGAGCGUCCUUCUUACCCUGACGUCUUUCAAACAUCAGAGCACAUCAAAUCUGAGCAGGGUAAUGAGUACUCCCUCCCAGCUCUGACCCCUGGUCUCGAUGAAGUCAAAUCAAGUCUAUCCACCUCUGCUAACCCAGACCUGGGGACAAAUGUGUCAGGACCCCAGACGUACCCUGUGGUGACCGGUCGUGAUAUGGCAAGCACCACCUUGCCUGGCUACCCACCCCAUGUUCCCCCAACUGGACAAGGCAGCUAUCCAACCUCAACUCUUGCAGGAAUGGUUCCUGGGAGCGAGUUCUCAGGCAACCCCUACAGCCACCCUCAGUAUACAACCUACAAUGAGGCCUGGCGGUUCAGCAACCCUGCAUUACUAAGUUCCCCUUAUUAUUAUAGUGCCACAUCCCGGGGCUCCGCACCUCCCACUGCUGCCGCUGCCUAUGACCGCCACUAG